AUGGUGGCGGCCGACGGUGCGGCUACCCGGACUGCCCUAAAGCCGCGCGGGGCAAGUCUGGGCGGUGCAUCAAGCACGACGGCAGGAACAGCACGUUUGUUGCCAUGGCGGCAUCAUGCCUGGAGGAUGCGCGUGCUUGAUCGAUCAGUGUCUACGCACAGGGUGUUCAGUCGAUCAGUGACUGCCGCAAAGGCGCACGGCGGCGGGAAGCGGUGCAUGUACGAGGGCGGCGCCGUGUGCUCCAAGAGCGUCCACGGCGGCGCGCACAGCGGCGGGAAGCGGUGCGCGGGUGGACGGGUGCGGCAAGAGCGCGCAAGGCCGCAAGGGAGCACCGAGUACUGCAAGGCCCACGGCGGCGGGAAGCUGUGCAACUUCGGCGACGGCUGCGAGAAGUUCGCGCGCGGCCAGAGCGGGCUCUGCGGGGCGCACGGCACGCUGGUGGCCUCGCAGCAGCGCGGCGGCGGCGGCGGCAUGAUCGGGCCGGGCCUCUUCCACGGCAUCGUUCGGUCCGCCAGCGCGGCUAACAUGAACAGAGACUACUCGUCGUUGGGCGUGAGCACGGUGUCUGACUGCGGCGGCUGGCCUGAGGUGGCGACGAGGAGGCAGGGGAGUUCUGGAGGAGAAGAUGAAGUUUUGGAAUCUAAUUUUGGGAAACUGUUGGAGUUGCAAUAUUUUUUUUUUGUCUCUCAAUAUGUUUAG